UUAAGUAAACAAACCUACUCUGUAGUGAUAAACAUAGAUACUUACCAUAUGGUGAUGUUAAAUAAAAAACAUUGUCCUGUCCAAGGCAAACCUGCUGGGCUGGAUAUUUGCUCCUCAGAUUUCACAUAACUUAUUAAAUAUAAUACAGAGGUAUUUGGCCUAUAUAGAUCCUUGGAAUAUAGUAUCAUGGAUAAAAAUAUUUGUAGAUUAUGUUGCGAGAAUAGAGCCGAAACUAACAUAUUUGAAAGUAAACAAGGAGAAAUUAGCGUAAGUUCAAAAAUAAUGUAUUGCUGUUCAGGUCUUCAAAUAAAAUCGGAUGAUGGUUUGCCGUCUAAAAUAUGUGAAUUUUGCAAGAAAGAGCUCGAUGCUUGUUACUAUUUCGUUUUAAAAUGUGAAGCAGCAGAUAAGAGAUUACGAUUGAAAAUUGCAGAAAAACCAAAAUUUGACGCGACUAAGACCGAAAUCAAAUUGGAAGCCGACGAUGACGAUAAUCAUUGGGACGAAGAGACAUUCGCGCUUAGACUGUGCGAUGUUGAUAUUAAGUCAGAAUUUACAGAACAGAAAGCUGAGGUACGAAAGAAAAGACGUUAUACCAAACGUACUAAAUAUAAAAGGCGUCAAGAUGGUAGCUGUAAAUGCCCAGUUUGUGGUAGAGUUUGCAUAAACCCGUCCACUCUGACAAUCCACAUGCGAGUACACAGUAGCGAAAAAUCCUUCUCAUGUACAGUAUGCAAUAGUAAAUAUAAAGAUGCAGGCAAUCUCAAACGGCAUAUGAACAGAAAACAUGAUCCGAUGAGGCAAAGACAGUUUGUGUGUGAAAAUUGUGGUAAAGCAUUCUAUUCUAAAAGAGAUGUUGAAAUCCAUAUGAGGACGCACACCGGGGAGACACCUUACACUUGUAAUGCAUGUGGAAAGAGUUUUACACAGGCAACUUCAUUGUUUCGCCAUAGAUUAAGACAUGAGAGUGAAAAGACUUAUUCAUGUACUAUAUGUAACAAACUUUUCCGAACCAAAGACGGAUUGAGGAACCACGCAUUAGUACAUACAUCAGAAAAGAAGUUUUCGUGUCCUAUUUGUAAUAUGUCUUUUAAAUAUAAGAACAAUGUACACAAGCACAUAAAAAAUCAUUCUGAGCCUAAGCGUUUUGUUUGCAACUACUGUGGGAGAUCAUUCAGUAUGAAAGGUGGCUUGAAGAGUCACAUAGACAGACAGCAUUCUGAGAAAUCAGGUUAUUGUAAUGUAUGUUCAAAACAUGUACCAAACUUAGAAGUUCAUAGUUGGAAGCACACAGGGCAACGGCCAUUGAAAUGUGAACUGUGCUCAAGUAGCUUUUCACAGCUUAAAGCUUUGACACAUCAUGUUAACUUCAAACAUAAGCAAACCUCAAAACACAAAUGCCUUGUUGCCGGCUGUGAAAUGGCAUUUCCAUCUAAACCGAUGCUAGAUUAUCACACUGCCAAAGUACACAGUACAGACAUUCCAUUUCCUUGUGACCGAUGCUCUAGGGGUUUCUACAGGAAGAAUGACCUAUCUCGGCAUAUGAUUGGAACCCAUAAGGAAAAGUUACUGUGAUUUUUGUGAAAUUGUGUUUUCAUGGACUUUGAUAGUCAAUAAAUAUAGUGCCAUAUA